AUGCAGUUAGCGACGAGAUGGACAAAAAUUAUGAUGGAAGGAUUGGGAAAAGAAGCUCGGGAAAAAAUAAUAAACAAGUUCUUAACUCCGUCUAACUUCAAAGCUGUUAUAGCUCCUCAAAUGAAUCCAGAGAUAAAGGCAUCAUUGUCAGAAAUACUAAUUAAGAGAGACAAACGGUUGGUAAAUAGACAAAAUAUGACGGGAAAAAUAAUGACAGGAAUUGGUUUAGUACUGACAAAUAUUAUCAAAGGGAAUAUAAAUACAAGAGAAAUAGUGGAACAGUUAAGCGACACAGCAAAGAUAGCUGCUGAAAUCUUUUAUGAAGACUCGGCUGCCAGGAAAUAUUUUGCCUUGUCUGGAGCAACUCUUGUACUAAGAGAAGCAACGAAGAAUGCAAAGACCGAUGAGUUCUUGUUUGGAAAGGACUGUCCUGAGAACAUCAGAACAGCUCAGACUAUCCACAAAACAGGAGCUCAAAUAAAAGCGGUGGAAAAGAAAAAGACAGCCCCAAAAAAAGGGAAACUGGAAGAGCCCACUGCAAGUACAUCCUACGCGCAGUGGGCAGAAUUACCGAGCACAACGCUACAAACCGAGAUAUCAUCCCAGUCAGCCACUACGAAGGAAAACUCAAAACAUGGGAGCCCCACCAGCUCAGACAAAGAGGAACCACCGUCGUUAGAGGUAGGUACUGGAAAGUUAAAACAAUGUCUGAGUAAUUGGUUGGAAAUUACAAAUGACCCAGUAUUAAUAAACUGGAAAAAGGGUUAUAAAAUACCCUUCAGUCAAAUACCAAACUUAUAUGAGGCUCCUACCCAAUACUGGUCUGGAAGGGAAAGAAAUAUAAUAUACUCAGAAAUUCUGAAAUUAUUAGAAAAAGGUGCAGUUUCAGAAUCACACAGCACUAGACAUGCUGCAACCUCCGCCGCGAACAGGGCAGAUUUAAAUUUGGAUCUCAUAAGGAAGACUGCGGGUUGGUCAAAUAAUUCUGAAACUUUUGCCAGGUUUUACAAUAGACCUUUAUUGGAUGAUCCAUUAUUGUUUAGUAGUACGGUUUGUAACACAUCAAGUGUUGGUUGA